AUGGGCGUGUUUGUUGUUGAGGCCCGAGACGGUAUUACUUUAUUGACUGAGCAACUCGAGGAUGUUCCUAAGAAAGAUGCCAUUAAUUCGAUUGAAACUGCAGUGCGUGAGGUUUUGGUUGGUCUUGCAGAGAUAAAAGAGCAGGUCAAUACCGAGUUCAAAAGUCUUGACAAGGUUACCAAGACAGACGUUGAAGCUGUCGAAUCUGUAUGUCUCGAUAUCAAAUCUGCUAUUGAGCAAACGGUCGUCCCGGAAUUUGCAGCUUUAGCCACAAAAGAUGAGGUCAACGCGCUAGGUACCUUGGUCAAGGAAACCGCAGGCCGCAUUGAAAUACACGCAACCACGAAUGCUAAAGCUUUCGAAGAGCGACAAGCGGAGACUGUUGGUGUUAGCGAGCGUGUCACAGAAGUCAAGUCUUUCCUCAUAGAAUUCAGGGACGCAGUUAAAGAAAAGCUUGAUGAAGGCAAAACGAAUGUCGAGUCUGUGCGCACAUUCCUUGAAGGCCUAGGAGAAACUAUCAAUAAAAAUGGAACCAUCUCCGAAGAUUUACAGACAAUGUUCCAUGCUAUGACAGAAGAGUUCGAAAAGACUAAUGCUGGUAUGGUUGGAUCUAAGCUCGAGACUGACGAAAAAUUCCAACAAACCUGGGAUAAACUUGAUUCGCAUUUCGAGGAGAAAUUCAGUGAAAUCAUUACCAAGUAUGAUGAGCUCCAGAACUUCCUAGAAGAAAGAGCUACAGCUGGUGUGGAGAAAACUACAGAAGUUGAGGCUAAUAUCUUGAGCACAAAACAAGUGGCCGAGGAUGUCAAACUUCUACUCGACACAUUAAUAAUUGCUGUGGCAGAGUCUGCCGAAAAGAUGGAGGAAGCUUCAAAAACAGUCUUUAACCGUGUGGACGAAACUUUCGUCAAAAUCGAGGAAACACACGCCGAUGCUAAGGCCGAGCACCAGCUUACACGUGAGCAAAUAUUGAAGACUUUGGGUGUUGUGGAAGGAGUUCAGGGAACUGUGACAGAGUAUAAUCCGCAGAUUCUUGAAUCGAUCAAAGAUGUUCUCAACAUGGCCGUCCAACAUUACGAACAUUCUAAGACUUCAGCAGAGACGAUCCAAAAGAAGAUUGAUGACAUUCCUCCGCCACCUGAGAUUCCACCUCCUGUCGAGUUUCCAAAAUACGAUGACACACCUGUUCAUGAGAAGCUGGAUAAGCUAGCUGAUCACGUACAAGAAGCUGGAAAGUCAAUAGCACAACUGGAAAUGCUUGAGAAGUUACAAAAGCAAAUGAUGGCAACUGCUGCAGAAGUUUCUCAGUUUGUCUCCACUCAAACUCAAAGGAUUGCAGACGACCAUGAGAGUAAGGAACAGGCUGCUGCAGAAGCCGCCAUUGCUCUCGAGAAACGCCUAGGUCAAAAGGAACAAGUUGAAGCGUCAAUUGCUUCGCUUAAAGGGGAAGAAAGGGUUUUGAAAGAUUAUGUUGCGAAGCUUAAAACUGAUAAAGAAGAUUUGAUCCAUCAAAAGAUGCGACUUGCCUCUGAUGUCUCUAGUUUGGAGACAGCCUUGAGAAUUCGCCGUGAAGAAUUGCAGGAAAUGGAAGAAAGAGCCGAAGGACUUGAAAGACGUAUCCUUGAAGGAGUCAUUGAUCAGUCUCGGGCUCUUUUACUAGCAAAAGGUAACAGAAAAGUUGGACGAGAUCCUAUGAGCCGCAAGCGGGUUUCUACUCAACGCAAUUCAACGGCUCAUUCUGUCGCCUCAAGCGUCGCAUCGAAAACUCCAUCGAUAACCCAAGAAGCCAUCAAUAUCGCUAUGAAAAAUCGAUCUCCGACUAAGGGACCUCUUGCCAGUCAAGCCCAGCGACGUAUUCUUUCCUUAAGUCAAAUCAACAACAAUCUUCCCGCUGGCAACUUUAAACGCAGCCACAGUGUAAAACAAUCAGGUGGUACGACGCCACGCAAAACCAGCUGGGGAGGAGCACCUAAUAAGACUCGCAAUUAUGGGGAAUUGAACAAGGAAAAUUUGGCCUUGAAAGAAUUUGAAGACGAAGAUGAAGAAAAUAAAGAACCGCUUGAUCAUGAUAACGUGGAAAGGACCGGACACGAAAGUGAUUCAAAUACGAUGAGGAGAAGUAGUCAUGGGACUACUGUCAUUACAGCUAAUGGAGGUACGGAUAGGGGUUCGGAAUACGCGGAGAGUAUAGAUGGAAGUAGAGAUGCCAACUCAGAGUCGGACUAUGAAACGGAGACGGAUUUGGGAACUAAUAGUCAUUUGGGAACGGAAAGUGAGUUGUCGAAUAGUAGUGCGGGGCAGAGUAGUGCGGGGCAGAGUAGUGCGGGGCAGGAAUACAAUCCCGUGGUUUUGUACGAGGGAGAGGUCGCUUAA